CUUGCCGCAGUUGUCUCAUUGGUCCAAUGAUGCGACUUGUUGUAUAUUUCGCUAAUAAUGCUUGUAACAGGCCGCAGUAUGCAUGUAAGCGCUCACCCGUCAGCUUUCCUGUUCAGCCUCGUGCAAGCUGAUCUUCUCUUAAUGUCUUCUGCCGUUCACAAUCAACAGACGGACUGGCAGUAGGAGCUUCUGCGUCACUUCAUAUUGUUCGCUCCUUCCCGCUUCACGAUUACCGACGUCAUGGCGCCUACCACGAGCACCUCAACCGCCAGCGGCACGCCCACAGCCUUGCCCCUUAAUCCUGAACCCACUCUCCCCUCUGGAUUCGCCGGCGAAGAAUUCUCGAAUAACUUGUUCUCAGAUCUAGCGCCUCUGUUAACGCUCUUCGGAGAGCAAGUUACGAAGCAGUUCCUCACCAUGUCGCUCGGCUGGGCGGACAACAUCCUCCUUGCAGUUGGACCGCUGGGAGUUAUCACUGCCAUAGUCUCCACGAUUAGAGUCGGGCGUGUCAGAUUUCUAAAAGCUUUGAUCGGUCGAGCGCGAGAAGAUCAAGCAACAGCCGAGAUGGAACUGCUGUCCUCAACUUCGACCAAAGUCUCCGAACUAUGGAACGGCAAUGAAGUUGUUCGGCAACUAGGUCAUGCCCCGACCAUAGAACUGGUGGUGCACAGGGGGAAGGGAGGGAGAAAUGACGAAAUUCAGGUGGGCAAUCUCUCCAUGGCUUGCAACAGUGGGUGGCUCGAACAAGUCGGAACAGGUGAAUGGUCUACAAGGUUUGCUUCUGGCAUUAGUGAACUCCCUUCACAGUCCCCAAACAUAACACUCAACAUUGACAAAUCCUCGCCAAGCCAUAGGGAGGUUUGGAGUUUCGCAAUUCUUGGAGUAGCGUUGCAAGCUGUCGCCCUGGUUAUUACAGCAAUUAUGACUUAUCACUGGAAAAAGAAAAAAGGUAACUCGACAGUUCAAAGCUACGCGUAUCCAGUAUUUCUUGCUGGAUCGUGUGCAUUGUUCAUCGGUAUGGCGCUAUGCUCGCGUAUCAUCGAAACGACAACCACCGAGCACGUGUUCAGACCUUCCAAGCCGGCAGCAGUGAAGACUAUUUUCCGUCUACAAAUGGCUUGCACCAUAGGGGAUCAACGAUACAGCCCGUUCGUUAUCCUGAACUCAGAGGGCAACAAAAGCAUCCGCACGUCGAGGUUUGCGGGAGAGAGUUCACCCCCAAAUGUUCAUAACAAGGCAAACACAGUCCUUGCUGUUUUACUCUCUCUUUCCGGUUUCAUCUGCCAGUUUGUUGGAUUGAGAGGGUUGCACUGGUCUGCUACAAUCAUUCAACUGGGUGCUACAGCUGUCAUGACUGCCGUCCGUUCUUAUGUACGAAGAGGACUCUCGCGUAAACCAAAAGCGAUAGCGCUUGGGUCAUCAGAUCCUGACUGGAUAGCACUUACAAUU